AUGUCUUCGAGACCUUACAAUCAGCCAGAUGCCCCCGGUCCUCCCGUCCAUGAACCCGAUUCCGAUUCCGAUCUCGACCUGGAUAUUCAGGAGCUCGAUCCCAUAACUACAUCUCAACCGCCGAACUCUUCUUCGCGGAAGCCCCGGAAAACGGAAGAAAGACGAGGGGCCCAUAUACCGUUAAGGAAUCUGCGUAUGGGUGGACUGCGAGGUCUAGGAAACAGAAAUAGAGGCUAUGGAGAUUUAGGGCGGAAGAGGGAUACGGAUGAUGAGGAUUUACACGGCCUCUUGGACGACGAGCAGGGGCUUGACGGGGCAAAUCGAAACUCGGGGGGGAGCUUAAACAGCGCAGAAGAUGAUGCUCCUUUACUCCCUGGGGGUGGGCACGCGCGGCAACCCAGUGGUGAUGCUUUCAAUAGGGUGAAAGACAAUUUAGGAUCACAUCUACGCCUAUCCAGCUUUCUUGGUACUUCUAGCAGCUCACCAGUAGCCCAGGAUGGCGCUGAAGACCAGGAGGAAGACCAUGACCCCGCCUCAUCUCGUUCCGUGUCUGUCGGAACCACUCAAACCGCACGAUUUCCUGCGAAUGCAGUUUCAAACGCGAAAUAUACCCCCAUUAGCUUUUUACCGCGAACCUUGUAUAACGAAUUCUCUUUCUUUUUCAACAUGUACUUUUUACUCGUCGCACUUUCCCAGGCCAUUCCACCGUUACGGAUAGGAUAUUUGUCAACUUAUAUUGUACCACUAGCAUUCGUCUUGGCGAUUACGUUGGGGAAGGAGGCAUUUGAUGAUAUCCAGCGAAGAAAAAGGGACAACGAAGCGAAUUCAGAAGGAUAUACGAUGUUGUCGUUUGACACACCCGGUGUUGCCAAUUCUGACAGAUAUCACGUCAAGAAGAAACUGAAAUCUAAAGGGAAGGGCAAGUCGAAACGAUUGAGUCUAGUCGAACCCGACAGGCUAUCUGACAUCCAGGAGGAAGAGAGUAAUGCGGAAAGCUCGGGAAUCCAGCGUCCUACAACUGUGGUCCGAGAAGUGACACGGAAAUCACGAGACUUGAAAGUUGGCGAUGUUUUAAAAUUGGGUAAGGAUCAGCGAGUACCGGCAGAUGUUGUCAUUCUUAAGAGCUUCACAAACGAAUCAGCAUCGACAUCGGAGCCAGCUGCUGCUGUUGUUGAGGAGUCAUUACUGGUGGACCCAGUCUCUGAUCCUGCGAUAGACCAAACUACGGAUACUGCCGCCGAAGGACACGAGUCUACCUCGCGGCUCGGAAAUUCCCCCUCAGCCGAUGCUGGAGGUGUAGGCGAAACAUUUAUUAGAACAGACCAACUCGAUGGCGAGACGGAUUGGAAGCUUCGACUUGGGUCACCGCUUACGCAAAAUCUCCAGCCAUCUGAAUUUGUACGCCUUCGUAUCGUUGCUGGAAAGCCAGACAAGAAGGUCAACGAGUUCAUUGGAACGGUUGAGCUGUUACCAAAAAGUAUAGGAUAUGAUCCCCACGUACCAAAAUCAUCUCCUCUCAACGAAGCCGCUUCAGAAAGAAAUCCUGAAUCAUCACCCUUGACAAUCGACAAUACAGCAUGGGCAAACACCGUUCUUGCUUCGAAUGCUACGACAUUGGCUGUAGUUGUGUACACUGGGCCGCAAACUAGAUCAGCGCUGUCAACAUCUCCCUCACGUUCAAAGACUGGCCUUCUUGAGUAUGAAAUCAAUUCUCUCACGAAGAUUCUCUGCGCCCUGACCCUCACCCUUUCUAUCGUUCUGGUUGCCUUAGAAGGGUUCCAGCAUGUUGAAGGUAUCAAGUGGUAUGUUAAGAUCAUGAGGUUUCUGGUUCUUUUCUCGACCAUCGUUCCCAUCAGUCUUCGAGUCAAUUUAGACAUGGGAAAGAGUGUCUACUCUUGGUUCAUCCAGCGAGAUUCAGGUAUUGAGGGAACUGUGGUGAGGACUAGCACGAUACCCGAGGAAUUGGGGCGAAUUGAGUAUCUACUGAGUGAUAAGACCGGCACCCUAACUCAGAAUGAAAUGGAGAUGAAGAAGAUUCACGUGGGAACUGUCUCCUACGCUAAUGAGGCAAUGGACGAAGUCGCUUCUUAUAUCCGACAAGGAUUCUCUAUCCCGGAGUCUAUGGAUGGUGCUCAAGCUUCAACGCUUAUCACACCUUCAUCGACAUUCCUUGCUUCAACAACAGUAACAGCGACUCGAACCAGGAGGGAAAUAGGAUCCCGUGUUCGUGAUGUUGUCCUUGCCCUCGCUAUUUGCCACAACGUCACGCCUACAAUCGAAGAAGAAAAUGGAGAGACCGUGACAUCGUACCAAGCAUCAUCGCCUGAUGAAAUAGCUAUCGUCAAGUGGACAGAGGCUGUCGGGCUACGAUUGAUCCAUCGAGAUCGCAAAGGCAUGCUACUUCAGUCAGUGGAUACCGGGCGCUCUGUCGUCAGAGUUCGCAUUCUGGAGGUCUUUCCAUUCACAUCAGAUGGUAAGAGAAUGGGUAUCAUCGCCCAAUUCUUGGAUGGAUCAGAGACAUCAUCAAUCGUGAAUAUUGAAGCUGGGGAAAUCUGGUUCUUCCAAAAGGGUGCUGAUACGGUCAUGUCUUCAAUCGUUGCUGCCAACGACUGGCUCGAUGAAGAAACUGCCAACAUGGCUCGCGAAGGUCUAAGAACUUUGGUUGUUGGUAGGAAGAAAAUGUCAGUCCAGCAAUACAAGGAGUUUGCCAACAGUUAUAGGGAGGCUUCAGUGGCUCUCAACAACCGAGAUACUGGCAUGGCACGGGUUGUGUCUCACUAUCUGGAGCGAGACCUCGAACUUUUAGGUGUCACUGGGGUCGAAGACAAGCUACAAAAGGAUGUAAAGCCGUCACUCGAGCUCCUACGAAAUGCUGGAAUCAAGAUAUGGAUGUUAACAGGCGACAAAGUGGAAACAGCGCGUUGCGUGGCCGUUAGUGCACGACUAGUAGCGAGGGGCCAAUACAUUCACACCAUAGCAAAGCUAAAACGGAAAGACAACGCCCAAGAUCACCUUGACUUCCUCCGCAGCAAAAUCGACUCCUGCCUCCUCAUCGAUGGCGAAAGUCUCUCCCUCCUCCUCACCCACUUCCGCACCGAUUUCAUUUCCCUCGCCGUCCUCCUCCCCACGGUCAUCGCCUGCCGGUGCUCCCCAACCCAAAAGGCAGAUAUUGCACUGCUCAUCCGUGCCCACACCAAGAAACGCAUCUGCUGCAUUGGCGAUGGCGGCAAUGACGUUUCCAUGAUUCAAGCCGCCGACGUCGGUGUCGGUAUCGUCGGGAAAGAAGGACGCCAAGCUUCCCUCGCGGCAGACUUUUCCAUCACACAGUUCUGCCACUUGACCAAGUUGCUCGUCUGGCACGGUCGCAACAGCUAUAAGCGCAGCGCUAAGCUCGCGCAAUUUGUUAUCCACCGCGGUCUGAUUAUAUCCGUCUGCCAGACUAUGUACAGCAUUGCAAUCAAAUUUGAACCCGAGGGUUUAUACAAAGAUUGGUUGUUGGUGGGCUAUGCAACCGUGUACACAAUGGCCCCCGUAUUCUCCCUCGUCCUUGACAAAGAUGUCGAUGAGAAACUCGCAAACCUAUACCCGGAACUCUACAAAGAGCUAACAACCGGCGCGUCGCUCUCCUAUCGCACCUUCUUCGUCUGGGUGUUUGUGUCCAUCUAUCAAGGCGGCAUGAUCCAGGGUCUUAGCCAGAUCUUGACAGAGGUUGAUGGGCCGCGGAUGGUAGCCGUGAGCUUUACGGUGCUGGUGCUGAAUGAGCUUUGCAUGGUGGCCUUCGAGAUUACCACUUGGCAUCCGAUGAUGAUUUUCAGUCUGGUUGGCACACUGUUGUUGUAUUUAGGGAGUAUACCGUUCCUUGGAGGGUAUUUUGAUUUGAAUUUCAUUAUUACUUGGGGCUUCGUAUGGCGCGUCGCAGCAAUAUCAGCUAUCUCCCUGAUACCGCCUUAUGCAGGAAAGUUGAUUAGACGCGCGAUCAAACCACCUAGUUACCGCAAGGUACAGGGUAUAUAA